UUCGUUUGUAAAUAUUUAAAUUAUUAAUAUUUCGACCUUUGUAAUCGAAUUGAAUCCGUGUAUCGGUAUAACUGGAGAAUGCAUCAACAGCAACUAGUGGGCGUGGUGACGCUAAUCGUUCUGGCGGUUUGUGUGCUGCCACAAUUGGCCAUAGGUAAAAAAAUCGAGAAACGUUGUCUCAAUUGCUCAUAUCGUACAUAUUAUACAUAUGGCGAUGGUCGUUCCUUGCAGCGCGUUGUCUAUAGAGAUCCAUUCUACACACGUGCUCAGACAUACGGAUGCAGUGGAAAUCCAUGCGGUGUGAAUGCCGUUUGCCAGGAGGCCUCCGGCGGCCGUCCGGUGUGCUCCUGCCCACCAGGCUACAGCGGUAAUCCGCUUACGCACUGCAAUCGCGGCGAGUGCCUGGACAAUGUCGACUGUCGCGGCGACCUGCAAUGUAAGGACAAUCGUUGCGUUAAUCCAUGUGUCGGUGCCUGCGGCAUUGGCUCCAAUUGUGAUGCCAGGAAUCAUGUCGCCGUUUGCAGUUGCCCAGCGGGCUAUAAUGGUGAUCCUUAUCAUGCUUGCCAUCUUAACGAUCCAGAGGAACAAUGCCACCCCAGUCCAUGUGGCAUCAACACAAAGUGCGAGAUCAUUAACGGUGUGCCGACAUGCUCCUGUCUGCAUGGAUAUUUGGGCAAUCCAUUGAGUGGCUGUCGCCAUGAAUGCGACCACGACGGCGACUGCAGCAGCCGGGACAUGUGCAGCAAUUUCAAGUGUGUGCCAUCGUGUGGUCAAUGCGGCACGGGGGCCACCUGCAAAACGGUCGCCAAUCACCGGGCUGUCUGUGAGUGCCCAAAGGGAUAUAUUGGCAGUCCGUAUACUGAAUGCCGACCCGAAUGCUAUGGCGAUUCCGAUUGUCCAGCUGGUCGACCAGCCUGCUUUUAUGGCAUAUGCAAAAAUACAUGUGAAGGGGCUUGCGGCAUUGGUGCGGAUUGCAAUCUGCGUGGCCUAACACCCGUGUGCAGUUGUCCGCGAGACAUGACCGGUGAUCCGUUUGUGCGCUGUCGCCCCUUCACCAAGGAGGAUCUCUGCGAUCCCAAUCCAUGCGGCACCAAUGCCAUAUGUGUGCCCGGACACGAUAACACUGGACGCGAACGUCCUGUUUGCAAUUGCCUGCCCGGACAUACAGGCAAUCCAUUGUCCCACUGUACACGGGGCGAAUGCCUUAGUAACAGCGAGUGUCCGGAUCAUAGAGCCUGCAUUAAUUAUCAAUGCAUCGAUCCAUGCAUUGGUAAAUGCGCCACCGGAGCCAGCUGUGAGCCCAAGGCCCAUUUGGCUGUCUGCCGUUGCCCGCCCGGACAGUCGGGUGAUGCUCUAGUCUCAUGUCGUCAGACACGCACCUUCCCCGUGGCCAAGUAUCACUAGACUUGACGAUGGAGUGAUGUAGCCGCUCUGCCUGCCAAAACCAACCACAAGUCAAUUUAUCUAACUUCUAAUUCACUUACGAUCUUUUUUUUUUGGAUUUGCUGCUCUUUUUCAUUAUUAAAAUAUAAUUUGUUUUUUUUUUUAAAUAAAAACAAUGAUUUACUUAUAAACGAA